AUGGCUCCCAAGAAGGAAAAAGCCCCUCCACCGUCCUCCAAGCCAGCCAAAUCUGGUGGUGGCAAGCAGAAGAAGAAGAAGUGGAGCAAAGGAAAGCAAAAGGAGAAGGUGAACAACAUGGUGUUGUUUGAUCAGGGUACCUAUGACAAGCUCCUAACUGAAGCACCUAAAUAUAAGCUCAUCACUCCUUCAGUUCUCUCUGAUCGUUUGAGGGUUAAUGGAUCACUUGCAAGGAGGGCUAUUAGGGACUUAAUGGCAAAAGGUCUAAUCAGGUUGGUAUCUGCCCAUGCAAGUCAGCAGAUUUACACCAGGGCCACCAACACCUAA